GCAGGAAGAAUGACGGGAAAGUUUCCGUCCCAGCAAACAAAAAGUGAACCAGCCUCCCUGAGAAAAAGGGUUUUUGAGAGUUGUCUUUCUUUGGGAUUUGACCGCAUGUAAUUUGCCUUUCUGUUCAUUUGCAAAAUGGCUGCAAAUGAAAACAAUAUCAUGUUGGAGAUACUUAAAACAUUAGACGUUGAGGAGCUGAGCCUGGCUUUCUGCUUAUCGAUGCUUGUUGGUCUGCUGAUCGGAAUCUUAAUUUUCAUCCUCCUAACAUGGAUCUCCAGACGAAGAGCUUCAGUGAGGAUUAGCACACAUCUUAAUCAAUCAUCAGGAGCUGCUGGAUUACACAAUCACCGUGGCCAGCUAGGUGUCUACAGGAGUAAUGGCUUCAAUUUAAACAGUGACCGCACAAGCCGAGGUAUGUUAAAUCUUCAGAGACAGACAUCUGUUGACCCUAACGAAGUGCUUGGACGCAGCCCCAGCUUUCAAGCAUCCACCUUUCGACCACUGCGAAAAAAAGGCAGCGAGGAUAAAGAAGAUGAAAAUCAAAGAGCUUUGCUUCAUGACACCACUGGCACUGACUCCGUGACAGAUCCUUAUAAUUUGGGCCAAUCAGAAUCGUUCUGGUUAGGGAAAGGCAGUCUGAGAGGCUUCCUUCCUACACAGACACCUCCACCUGCAUAUGACAGCGUUAUCCAUAUCUUUCAAGAAACUCACACCUGAUUUAAUAUGUGCAUUUGUCUUAUUUUGUGUGUGCAUGUGUGUUUACAUUGUUUAAGGCUAUGUUCUAAAUUUCUGCAGGAUGAUGUUUAUAUUUCUAUAACAUGAGGUUCCUCCAAUCUUGCUAUGUAUAUAUUUAAUCAGCAAUGUGCAGCUAAUGCAAGGCUGAUCAAGAUUCUUUUGAAUGCAAAUGGAAUUUAAGCAUUAUGUAAAUAUAAAAUAAUAAUAA